CUUGAUUUAUCAUCACGUCUUUUCUCGUUCCUCUCAACUUUGCUUAUCGUACUUUGACUCGCCCACCCCAUAUAUUCACGUACCUAUAGCUGGCAUUCAUACCCCCUUUUCGAUUACCUGGUACCACUGCCAACCCCCCCAAACCAUGGCCACCCGCAAACUGUCAGGGACGUCCGUCCUCGUGAUCGGAGGCACAUCCGGCAUAGGUUACGGAGUCGUCAAGGGGCUCGUCGAACACGGAGCCUCAAACGUCUACAUUUCUUCAUCCCGUCAAUCGAAAAUCGAUUCCACCAUUGCCCGUCUCAGAGAGACUUACCCCGACGACAUCGACACCACCACCCGCGUCACGGGUAUACCGUGCGACCUGUCCGACGAGGCCAACCUGGAAUCCAACGUCAAAGGUCUCUACGCCGCCAUCCCGAACAAACUCGACCACGUCGUUUUCACGGCCGGCGAUACACUCGGGAUCAAACCACUCGACCAGGUCGACUUCGCCUUUUUCAAACAAGCCGGCAUGGUACGGUUUUUCGCCCCGUUCUUGGUGACCAAGUACGCCCGGGACCACCUGGUGCCCGGGGUCGCCAGCAGCGUCACCUUGACCACCGGAGGGGUGAGCGAGAAACCGAACCCGAACUGGUCGGCCAUCACACCUUACAUGACGGGUUUGCACGGCAUGUGCAGGCAGUUUGCUCUGGAACUGGCCCCGAUCAGGGUCAACAUCGUCAGUCCGGGGGCGGUCAGGACCGAAUUGUGGGACGGCAGUUUCAAGGACCCCAAGGUCCGCGACGCCGCCUUCCAACAGUACGCCAAAAAAAUGACCACGGGUCAGGUCGGGCACGUGGAGGACGUGGCCGAAUCUUACCUUUACUCUAUGAAGGACAAGAAUUGUACGGGGACGGUGAUCAGGUCUGACGGAGGGGCAUUUUUGUUGUAGUUUG